CAAAGAUACGACGACGACGUCAUGACAUAUGUCCCACCUGUGCGCAGACAAUGAGCAAGCUUCGCUCGAGGCUCGAGCGAGUGAUUAUCUCGGCUAGAUAGUUGACUCGAUCAUUCCAGCGAUCUCCGAACUCCGUCGAUCCAAUGCUAUAUAAAGCCGAUCUCAAUUUGUACUCUGGAAUAUUGAAAUAUUUAUCCGUUUUGGAACGUUAUGGUGACGCUACUUUAACUUAUGACGGCAGAAUACUGAAAAUGGAUGUGGGCUUUGUGUUCAAAUUCUUACAGGUAACAUAUAACUACAUAUUGAAAAUGGGCCUUUUCGAUCUUAAUGGUCGUAUUUUAGCCACAACAAAAGACGUACGCUCUAAAAUUAGCGUCAUGUUCAACACGACGGAAUAUACCUUGGGCCUUAACAAACUCGAAAUACAAACUCCUGGCCGCAUUAAGGUGAUACUGAAAAAUAAAAAUGGUGGAACGGAUUGGAUAAACACGGCUAUCGCCAACAUCAUAAUUCCUUUCCUUCAAAGCACGAUCACGAGUAACGUUCAAAUACAAGCGACGAAUGCAAUUCGAAUGUAUUUCAACGAGAUAAAUCGUAUAAUUGUUCCACACAAAGUAUUUCCUGGCAUUUUUGAAAAUCAGCUAUUAAAAUGCACAUGAAUGAAUGGACAUUAGACACCGAUUUUCUGACAAUAUUUUUUGUAGCAUAAUUUUGUAUAUUGUAUUCAUUUUAUAUAUGAUCUACAAAUAUAUUUCUGAAAUGUAUGC